AUGAUCGAGCUCGGGUUGGGGCGCAUCAGCCGCCUGGUCCGACAGACUCCUCAGCCUUGGAAGGCUAUACACGUUGCAGGUACCAAUGGCAAGGGUUCAAUAUGUGCCUAUCUCUCUGCCAUGCUUCACGCCAGUGGAGUGCGAUGCGGGCGAUUCACCUCACCGCAUUUGAUCGAUCGAUGGGAUUGUAUCACCAUCAACGAGCAGACUGUCAAGGAAUCCGUUUUUCGCGAGGCUGAAGGCUUGGUCAAAAAGGAAAACGAAGCGGAAGAUAUUGGCGCCUCCGAGUUCGAGCUCCUCACAGCCACGGCGUUCGGGGUAUUUGCCAGAGAAAAAAUUGAGAUGGGAGUCGUGGAGGUCGGUCUUGGAGGUCGACUGGAUGCUACAAAUGUGAUACGAAACAAGGCUGUUACGGUCAUCUCAAAGAUCGGACUAGACCACCAAUCUUUUCUGGGAAACACAAUUGAAGAAAUUGCGCGUCAGAAGGCAGGCAUAAUGCGCUCAGGAGUCCCAUGUGUUUUGGACAGAAGCAAUCCCCCUGCUGUUCUGAAAGUCGUUGAAGACUACGCAAAGGAAAUCGGCACAGAUGUCGUUCUUAGUUCAACGGAGUCGUCAUUCCUUGAUGAGCUCUCGCAAGAAGACUACGAGCCUCAUGAAUGGCAAAACCUAGCUUGUGCGUAUACAGCUUUCCAUCUAGCCUACACAAAGCAAGAGUCUCCACUGCACCGAUUGUCGCCCGCAAUACAGAACGUCAACUGGCCUGGACGUCUUCAAGUAACCGAUAUAAGAAGUCUUACUGGCAGACAGGAGCCUGUUCUCCUGGAUGGUGCCCAUAAUGUUCAAUCAGCACAAGUUCUACAAAUGUAUGUAGAUAGGAAGUUGCGGAAGAGUGGAAGCAAAAUUAUUUGGGUGGUUGCAGCUUCACAGGGGAAGGAACUAGAGGGCAUCUUGAAGCCUCUGCUCCACUCAGAUGAUUUUGUGGCUGCAGUCGAGUUUGGGGCUGUAGACGGGAUGCCGUGGGUUCAGGCUAUGGACUCUAAAGACAUCUUGUCCGCCGCUUCAAAUUCCGGGGUCAAAAAAACACAGCUUUAUAAUGCAGGUGCAGACCUAUCUGGUGCACUGCGCUGGGCAGCGACUGUUGCUGAUGGCGACCCCAUUGUUAUUGCGGGCAGUCUCUAUCUUGUGUCGGAUGUACUGCGUCUCCUCCGCACUGCGAAAGCUUUCAAAGAUCACAUACUAGGCUAG